AGCCUUUGCCAUAUUCAAAUGUAUAUUCAUGCAGCUUGUAUAUUAUGAUUCUCCUCCUCAUCUCUCGUGGUACCCAAACUCCGACGGGAAGACGGCAACUGAGCUGUUCGAAGAUACCCACUCCGGCCUACGAAAAGAUGCCGAGGAAGCCCUGAAAUCAAUGAACGGCGGCCUGCUCCUCGUCUCUGCACUCAUCGGCACCGUCAACUACGCCGCAGUUUUCACUCUCCCCGGAGGCUUCGAUUCCAACAGAGACAGCCGGGGUUCUGGCCGCCCGGUCCUGUAUGGGACGGACAAAGAGCGAGGCCUGCUCCUUUUCUUGUGGUUCACUGGCGUCGCCCUGUAUGCCGCCUUUUUAUCGCUGGUGGAGAUGGUCGUGAUCCAGCUGUCCAAGUUCGCGAGCAGCGACUUCUUCACUGCAUUGCCCUUCAGGUACAUCGUCGCUAUAACAGCGUUGUACGUCUCUGUUGUCUUCACAAUCUUGGCCGUCUUCGAAGCCUACGACAUCAUCGACUUACACUUCAACGUAUAUGUCUUCCUGGGGCCGGCCCUCGCAGUGGUAACCAUUGUUUUCAUAGACGUCGUGUACCUGACUCUGUGUUGCCUGUGUCUUGCGUUGUGUUGCUCACUUUCGCACCGAGGCCACAUGUUUGAGGCAGUCAUCGUUAAGCAUAGUAUUGAAGAAGCUAAGUUGUACGAGCCUACGAGUGGGUGAGGCUGCGGACCGAUCAGCUAAUUCAU